GGGAUGGAAGCGCAGUAACUGCCGAGUUUGACGGACUCAGGAUCGUCGCUGGGAUCGGAUGGCGGUCAAGCUAAGGCGUAAUGAUGGGACGGGAUGGAAGCUAAGCUAAGGCGUCGUCAUUCAGCUUAAAAAUUCGAACUCCCAUUAGCAAGCAAAACGAAGCAGAUCAAAAGGACAUACUUCCGGCGGAACAGAGGUGCCAAUUAAGAGCAUCAUGCGUAACUCUAAGCCGCCGAGCAAACUGGCCAUGCUUAUGGCGUUGCUGUCGCUGUCGUUUCUGUUUUGUUAUGGAGUCGAGAAGGUCCAUUGCUCGACGGUUCACGAGAACAACCAAGAUUUUCACUCUCUGCUCGAUUUCAAGAAGGGCAUCACCAACGAUCCAAAUGGAGCCAUGAGCAAUUGGACCAACAACACUCAUUUCUGCCGGUGGAACGGUGUGAAGUGUACCUUGACACCGCCAUAUCGUGUCAUGGAGCUCAACCUCACUGGCAACGACUUGGCUGGCCGAAUCUCCACCUCUGUUGGAAACCUGACCUACCUUAGUUUGCUAGCACUACCAAAUAAUAGAUUUAGCGGCCCAAUACCUCCCCUUAACAAACUCCAAAACCUAAGUUACCUUUCCCUGGACAACAACUUUUUGAAUGGUGUGAUUCCUGAGUCACUUACAAACUGUUCCAACUUAGACACACUAGGUCUCUCUAAAAAUAACCUCACAGGUGUUAUUCCUCCUAGCAUAGGUUCUCUUACCAAGCUAAAAGUUAUUUUCCUUUAUAAAAAUAAUUUGUCCGGGGUCAUCCCAUCAAGCCUAGGUAACAUCACCAAUUUAUCUGUAAUCGCUCUUUCAGAAAAUCAACUCAAUGGACUUAUUCCCACUGAGUUAUGGCAAAUGCCACACAUAGCGUCUUUGUACCUGUUUUGUAAUAAUCUAUCCGGUGAAAUCCCACAAACUAUAUCUAAUUUAUCUUCUCUUCAAGAGCUAUCCUUGGCAGUCAAUAUGCUGAGCAACACUUUGCCAUCCAACUUCGGCCAUGCCCUCCCUAAUCUCAAAUUGCUAUACUUGGGAGGCAACUUGUUUGAAGGACAAAUUCCAGAUUCUCUAGGCAAUGUUUCAGGUCUAGUACAUUUGGAUAUGUCCUACAAUAAGUUGACUGGCAAAAUCCAUAGCAUAUUUGGAAAACUUUUAGGGCUAUCUUUUUUAAACCUCGAGGAAAAUAUGUUUGAAGCGAGUGAUAGUGCAAGUUGGGAUUUCUUUGUUGACCUGAUAGCGUGCAGUUCCCUGACGGUGCUUUCAUUGGCUAGCAAUAAUCUGCAGGGAGCUAUACCAAAUUCCAUUGCUAACCUAUCCACCAACCUCAGAAAUCUACUAAUGAGCGACAACCACCUAUCCGGAGUAGUCCCCCCAAGUAUUGGGAAAUUGAAUGGCUUAAUUGAACUUGAACUUGAUGGCAACAAUUUUACCGGUACAAUUGAGGAUUGGAUGCCAAAGUUGACAAGCCUACAAAAGUUAUAUCUCCAUGACAAUAGCUUUGAAGGUACAAUCCCACCUUCCAUUAGUAACCUUGCUCAUUUGACACUUUUGGAUUUUUCAAAUAAUAAAUUCACUGGUUCAAUACCACCUAGCAUGGGAAACAUUCAACUUCUGAUCAAUUUGAGCCUUAGCAACAACAAUUUCAGAGGGACAAUACCUGCCAAGUUUGGGGACCUUAAACAAUUAGUCUUCCUUGAUGUUUCAUCGAACGAACUUGGUGGGGAAAUUCCUAAUAGUUUGGGCCAGUGCCAAAAUCUAGCCGCCAUUAAAAUGGACCAAAAUGUUCUUAUAGGAAACAUCCCGACCUCCUUCAGUAAUCUAAAAAGCUUGAGCUUGCUCAAUCUUUCCCACAACAAAUUAUCAGGCCCCUUGCCAAAUUAUUUGAAUGAUCUAAAGCUUCUCAAUAAAAUUGACCUAUCUUACAAUAAUUUCCAUGGAGAGAUACCAAAAGCUGGUAUAUUAGAUAAUUCUACACUUGUUUCACUGGAUGGCAAUUCAGGAUUGUGUGGAGGAGCCAUGAAUCUGCAUAUGCCUUCAUGCCAUACUAUUUCUAGAAGAGCAAGAACCAUAAGCGAUUUGGUUAAAAUAUUGAUCCCCAUGUUUGGAUUAAUGUCCCUGCUACAUCUUGUCUAUCUAGUCUUUGGGAAGAAGACUUCAAGAAGACCACAUCUAUCACAACGUUCUUUUGGUGAGCACUUUGAGAAAGUUACUUACAAUGAUCUUGCCAAAGCAACAAGGGACUUCUCAGAAUACAACCUAAUUGGAAGAGGAAGCUAUGGUUCAGUGUACAGUGGGAAAUUGAAGGAAGUGGAAGUGGCUGUCAAGGUUUUUAACCUUGAGAUGCAAGGUGCAGACAAAAGCUUCUUGGUAGAGUGUGAAACGCUGAGAAGUAUUCAACAUCGGAAUCUUCUUCCCAUCAUAACUGCAUGCUCGAGUAUAGAUACAACGGGAAAUUCUUUUAAGGCUUUAAUUUAUGAGCUUAUGCCUAAUGGGAACUUGGAUAAAUGGAUACAUCACAAAGACAAUGAGGCACUUCCAAAGCGUCUAAGCUUAGCUCAAAGAAUUGCAGUUGUCGUCAAUGUAGCUGAUGCAUUGGAUUAUUUACACCACGACUGUGGAAGGCCCACCAUCCAUUGUGACUUGAAGCCAAGCAACAUCCUUCUCGGUGACGAUAUGAAUGCUGUCUUGGCAGAUUUUGGCAUUGCACAUCUUUAUUCUGAUUCUCAGUCAACUUGGACAAGUUCAUUUAGUUCGAUCGGUGUCAAGGGGUCAAUUGGCUAUAUCCCUCCAGAGUACGGAGGUGGUGGCUCUGUAUCGACGUCCGGGGAUGUUUAUAGUUUUGGUGUAGUGUGCUUGGAGAUUUUGAUCGGCAAAAGGCCGAUAGAUCCUGUGUUCAUCGGGGGACUAGACAUCAUCAGCUUCGUCAAGAACAGUUUUCCAGAUCAAAUAUUUCACAUUAUGGAUUCACAUCUUGUGGAAGAAUGCGAGCAUUUAAUUCAGGACAAUAAAGUAACAAACGAAGAAAUGUACCAGUGCCUGGUGGAUCUGCUGCAAGUAGCGCUUUCUUGCACGUGCUCAUUACCAUCUGAACGGUCGAACAUGAAGCAGGUAGCAAGCAAACUGCAUGCAAUCAAGACGUCACAAAUUGGAUAUAAAUAAUCCAUGUAAAAUUAGGUGUACCGUGUACUCCCACGACUAGGAGCGUAAAAAUGUACUCUAGCAUAAAAUUAAGUGUUGUUCAUCUACUGUGUGCAUGUACUUCAAUUGUCCAAAAAUAUAGAUGCACCUAUACUGUUUGUGGACAUCGUUAAUUUCUUUUGUAAGUUCACGUAGAAUAUCUUAUAUUUCUAGAUAAAUUGGAAAUGUUCGAAUUUCUUGCA